CUAGACUUCCUUUAAACUGUAACUCAACUCAAGUUAAACGUCUUUGACGAUUCUUCCGGUCGUCGUCUACCUUUCAGUGGAUAGAUUUCGACGAGGCCAAAAUGGUCCAAAGGCUAACAUACAGGAGGAGGCUCUCCUAUAACACCAAAAGUAACAGAAGACGUAUUGUGAGAACCCCAGGUGGUCGGCUGGUUUAUCAGUAUCUGAAGAAGCCCAAGAAGAUCCCCAGAUGUGGUCAGUGCAAGGACAAGCUGAGAGGUAUCCAGCCUGCUCGGCCCAUGGAGAGAUCCAGGAUGUGCCGCCGCAAGAAGACAGUCAAGCGUUCCUACGGUGGAGUGCUCUGCCACAAGUGUGUCAAGGAGAGGAUUAUCAGAGCAUUCCUCAUCGAAGAACAGAAGAUCGUGGUCAAGGUCCUGAAAGCUCAGGGCACCAAGACUGCAAAAUAAGUUAAUCUGUAAUUUUGGUUUUAUAAAAUGAUUUAAAAUUA